CCAUUUCAUUCCAAACCCAUUUUGAAACGGCUUUUUUUGUAACGAGAAAUACAGAAAAGCAAUUUAAAUACAAACACCCCAAGAAUUUUUAUUAUUAUUCGACAGUGAAUCGAAAUGGAUGACAACAUGAAACAACUGCAACAGAUUCUAAUGGAGGUUGAAACUGAAGCUGAGCAUCUCCUUCUUGCACGGCAGCAGCUAGUCGAAAAUGAUAAACUAAGGAAUGGAAAUAGAGAGGCCUUGACGGCUCUCCGUAAGAGAGCCCGCACCACGAAGACAAGCGUACCAUCUCCUUUCGAGUCGAUCAUGAGAGAAAUUGGUGGAUCCGAAUCGAAGCCUCUGGUGAAGGAGGUAUGUCGGACAUGUGGCGAUCAUGACUCGACGGAGCAUACGUGGAUGAUGUUCCCCGGUUCGGAUGUUUUCGCUCGAGUACCAUUUCAUGCUGCCCAUACUAUCUUAGAAAAAGAUCAAGAACGACUGGACUACAAUGCAAAGAAAUUACAGAGCUACGUGAAAGAAAAGUCCUUGUGGAUUUCAGAAAGAGGGGGUCUUGAUGACAAGAUUAGUCCAGGUGUCCUCAGAUCUCUGGUAACCCUGACAGACAAAUCAAAUUAACUUUUGAUAACUUAGUCGUCCUCACCCAUGGCUUGGGGCUCUAGUUGUUCUGCUUACUAUUUCUCAUCAAUGUAGCCUGCAAUUUGGUUGUGGAAACGAGCUAGAAACUUCAGUUAAAUUUCUUGUUGAA